AUGAGCCUGGGAAAUUUAUCACACAAAGAACUAAUCAAAACAAUCAAAGACAAAUGUAUCCCCCCAUUAUUAUCACGCUUUUAUAAGGGACAAGCUGGUGGUCGGGUCUGCAUCAUUGGUGGCUGUGAGGACUAUACGGGAGCACCGUAUUUCAGCGCCAAUGCUACUGCUUUAAUGGGAUGCGAUUUGACACAUGUCAUUUGUGAACAAAGUGCUGCAACUGUAAUAAAAUCGUAUACACCAAAUUUAAUGGUACACCCUUAUUUAUUAGACUCUAAUACUUUUGAAAGAUAUCAUCAAAAUGAUAACAGUGAUGUAAUUACAAACAAGGGAAACAUAAAAGACAUCAAUCUUGUGAAAAUUAAAACCCUGUUGCGCAACAUCCAUGUUAUUGUCAUCGGGCCUGGUUUAGGUCGUGACGAAAUGAUGUUUAGUACUAUUAAGGAUAUCAUCAAAUAUAUUUUGGAAGAGCUUGGUGGUAACAUUCCCAUUAUACUAGAUGCAGAUGGUUUAUUCUUGUUAAGCAAAAAUAAGGAGGUGCAGGAAUUAUUAACGAGGUUCCCUGAUGGCAGAAUCAUCCUGACACCGAAUGUAGUAGAGUUUAAGAGAUUGUAUGAUUCAUUAAUAGGAGAAGAUAAAUGUCAUCGUGAAAAGAAGGAAAACAAGCUACAAGGAUUAGAAAUUGCCAAACGAUUAAAAUGUAUUGUUGUUGAGAAGGGGCAUCAAGAUAAGAUAUUUGGAUGCAAUGGCAAUAUAUUAAUUAACGAACAAAUUGGUUCAUAUAAAAGAGUUGGUGGACAAGGUGACACGUUGACAGGUGCAAUUGCUGCUUUACUUGCCUUCAGUCGUGCGAUGUAUGAUUUCAAUAUUACAAACGAAACUAAGAACGUCAAAGAUGAAAGCGAUGGUCUGGAAUGGAUUGACUAUGCAAUGUUAAGUUGCUAUGGUGGGUGUUGUGUAACGAGAGAGUGUUCCAGACUAGCCUUUGCGGCCAAGAAACGUGCUAUGCAAACCACAGACUUGAACGAUCGUGUUGGUGAAGUCUAUGAUAAAAUCUUUGGCUAA